CCCUUAUAAGAAUAGUUUAUUAAAAAUCAACACAUCAAUGUCAGUUACUUUAUUACUUGGUGCUCAAUGGGGUGAUGAAGGAAAGGGAAAGGUUUUGGAUUAUUUAAUUGGGCAUUACAAGAUUGGUAUUGUUGCUCGUUCUCAGGGAGGAAACAAUGCUGGCCACACUGUAGUCGUUAACAAUCACGAAUAUGAUUUCCAUCUUUUACCUUCUGGAAUGGCUAGAAAGGAAUGUGUAAAUAUAAUUGGGAAUGGUGUGGUCGUUAAUUUGGAUGCCUUAUUUUCUGAAAUUGAAAAGAAUGGGUUUAAAUUUGGAAAUGGAGAAGAUGAAGGGGACAGAAAGCUUUUUAUUAGUGAUUGUGCUCAUUUGGUACUUCCUGUACAUAUUGAAGCUGAUGGAUUUCAAGAAUCUUUGUUAGAAGAAAAAGCGUUAGGUUUUUUUGUGUUUUAUAUAAUUCUGGGCAGUCGUCUAGUUUACAUGGUCUCUAGAAAAAAAAGUGAGCAAGAAGUGCUCUGUCCGCACGUCCUACUUAUUUUUCUAGGGUCCAGUAAACCAGAUUACCUACAAUUCUUAAAUUUUUUUGAAAUACUUGGUGAUUCUAAAGAAAAAAUUAUUUUAUUUUUUAGAAAAUUAGGAACAACUAAAAGAGGAAUAGGCCCUACUUAUUCUAGUAAAUGCUUUAGGAUAGGUGUUCGUCUUGGAGAUUUGUUAAAUGACUCUCAAAACUUUGAAAAAAGAUAUCGGGAACAAGUUAAAUUUUAUUCCAAAAUAUUUUCGAAUAUAAACACCAAUGUUGAUGCUGAUCUUCAAAAAUUAAAGGAGCAUGCUUCUCGAAUAAAAAAGCUUGGUUUAGCUUGCAACACAACAAUGUUAUUACAUAAAUAUAGACAAGAAGGUCGAGCUAUACUUGUUGAAGGUGCAAAUGGGACUCUUUUGGAUAUUGAUUUUGGGACAUAUCCAUUCGUUACUUCUUCCAAUUCAACAGCGGGUGGUGCUUGUACAGGUUUAGGAAUUCCUCCAACUUGUAUUACACGUAUUGUGGGUAUAUCUAAAGCAUAUCAAACACGUGUUGGUUUUGGCCCUUUUCCAACGGAAUUAUUAAAUAAAGACGGAACAGCAAAUAAAGAAGGAGAAAAACUUCAACAAAUGGUGCUGAAUUUGGUUUUGGCAAUUACAAAAGUGGAUGUUUUGGAUACAUUUGAACAAAUACAAGUUGGAAUUGCUUAUAAUUUGGAUGGAGUUGAGAUUUUACAUCCCCCAGCAACAAUAAAUGAUUGGCACAAAAUCAAAGUUGAAUAUAAAACAUUUCCUGGUUGGAUGUCUGACACUUCUAAAGCUAGAACUUUUGAUCAAUUGCCACAGGAAUGUAGAGAUUAUCUUACUUUUAUUGAACAAAAUGUUAAAGUACCAAUUGAAUUUAUUGGUGUUGGAAAGAGUAGAGAUGCUUUAAUUGUUUGUAACAAAUUUGAAUGA